UUACCGUCUCCACUUGAGCAAGUCUUUGUUGUGCGCCUGUAGUUGGAACUGCUCGAAUGGGAGAAGCCGCGUGCGUUUUUUUUGCUUGGCUUUUAUCAAAAGACAACAUGUUUUAAAAAACAUAAAAAGACUGGUGGCGUCACUGGGUAUCUAACCUGGGUCAGAGGUGUAUUUAAGAUCCCCAGCGGGCCAACCGCUUUUGUAGUGUCAGAGCCUGACCGGAGAGUAAAGCCUGGGAGCUUCCUGUUGGUUGUUCCAGUCGUAGUGGUGCUCUGCUGCGAGCACCGGUGACCGGCAGUUACGAUUUGUAUUUAACAUUCAUCUGGUAAACUGACAACCUUCACUUCAUCUUGAACAUAAAUUGCUCUGCCAUAAAGAUGAGUCCACGAGUGUGUAAAAAUUGUGGUGGUACUGACAUUGAUAUUGACCAAGCCAGAGGAGAUGCAGUUUGUACAAGUUGUGGAUCUGUGUUGGAGGAUAACAUCAUUGUUUCAGAAGUUCAGUUUGUGGAAAACAGUGGUGGAGGCUCUUCUGCUGUGGGCCAGUUUGUCUCCUCUGAAAGUUCAGGAAAGGCACCCUCCCUGGGAGCAGGUUUUCAUAAUAGUCUUGGAAAGGAAUCCAGAGCACAGACCCUGCAGAAUGGUAAGCGGCAGAUUCACCACUUGGGAAACCAGCUGCAGCUGAAUCAACAUUGCCUGGAUACAGCAUUCAACUUCUUUAAAAUGGCUGUCAGCAAACACCUAACAAGGGGCAGAAAAAUGACCCAUGUGAUCGCUGCAUGCCUGUAUCUUGUCUGUAGAACAGAGGGCACACCACACAUGCUUCUUGACCUCAGUGACCUUUUACAGGUCAAUGUUUAUGUCCUGGGAAAGACCUUUCUUCUUCUGGCCAGAGAGCUAUGCAUUAAUGCACCAGCAAUAGACCCUUGUCUCUAUAUACCUCGGUUUGCACACAUGCUGGAGUUUGGAGAUAAGAACCAUGAGGUUUCAAUGACUGCACUAAGAUUGUUACAGAGGAUGAAGCGAGACUGGAUGCAUACAGGACGUAGGCCUUCAGGACUCUGCGGAGCAGCUCUUCUUGUUGCUGCCAGGAUGCAUGACUUCCGUCGCACUGUGAAAGAAAUCAUCCGUGUAGUCAAAGUUUGUGAGUCAACACUUAGGAAAAGGCUUAAUGAAUUUGAAGAUACUCCAACAAGUCAGUUAACAGUAGAGCAGUUUAUGAAAGUCGACUUGGAGGAAGAAUGUGAUCCACCAUCUUUCACAGCAGGACUGAGGAAAAUUAAAAUUCAGCAGCUCGAGCAGGAAUUAACCAAGAAGAUCCAGGAUGUUGAAGAUGAAAUUGCAAGUUACCAGGAUGAAAUUGAGACUGAAUUGGAGAACAGUCGCCCAAAGGUCAAAGGGAUGUAUGCCUCAUUAUUAAAGGAUGACUCAUUGGAUGAUAGCAGCUCUUUGACCUCUGGAAUUCAUGGUGAAUCAGAAGCAGAAGAUGAAGAACUCACAGUGGCAUCUAACCAUCUUAGCAAGGAUUUGUAUGAUAAAAUGCAGCAGAAAAACCCUGAAAGUGUUGAUGGGCAGUGUCAGCCAGCCUCAAAAACUCCAUCCCUCACUUCAUUGCUGGGUCCCUUACCAACUGCUGCAAGUCUCGGUCUUACAGAAUCCAUUAAGGAAUGUAUAGAAGACAAAAAAGAAAGUAAAGAAAAUGGUGAAAAUGGUGAACUGGAUCUGAAUGGGAUCGAUGAUAGUGAAAUUGAGAGAUAUCUGCUUAAUGAAAGCGAAAUCAAAAUUAAAACUGAGCUGUGGAUGAAGGAGAAUGCUGAUUACCUGAAGGAACAGAAAGAAAAAGAGGAGAGAAUUGCAAAGGAAAAAGAGCUUGGAAUAUAUAAGGAGCAUAAGCCCAAGAAAUCUUCUAAAAAGCGUGAACCCAUCCGUGCCAGCACAGCAGGGGAAGCUAUUGAGAAGAUGCUGGAACAGAAAAAGAUCUCAAGCAAAAUUAAUUAUGAUGUGCUAAGAGACCUUAACAAAGGGGGUGGCACUCCCAAUCAUGAGCAAGAUGGCAUCAUUCACAGUGGUAGUGCAAAGAAAUCUUCUGCACGCAGGAGAUCAACAAACAACAACCGGGAUAUCUCUACUCCAGUUAGCAACAUGGGGAAGAGGUUGCGACCUUUGAUCUCAUCUCAGCCCACAAAGAAAAUUGCAGCAGAGCAGGUUCCUGGUUCCCAGGCUACACCAGUGGAAUCCUCAAAAACAGUCCUAGUGGAAAGUGGACCUGUUGUCUACAAUGAAGAAGAGGUAGUAGAAGAGGAAGAUGAAGAGGAGGAAGAAUCAUGUGUUAGUGCACUGCAGCUUAUUGGAGGAAAUGAUUAUGGCUAUGAAAUGGAAGAAGAUGAAGGAUACUAACAUUUGCUGAGGACUUGGAUCUUCCUAAUCUCUUAAAGUAUCCAAGAAGACAAAUUGGACUUUUCAUACAGAACACAAUACAAGACAUAUGCUUAGCUGUUCUAAACCAGUGGAGAAAAGAAGCUGCACAGAUAAUCUUCUGAAGUAUGGAGGAAAGCUGCUUUCAGUAAAAUACCUUUAAAAAUUUAACAUCAGAUCUUGCAACUCUAAAGGGGGCAUUUGUAGGUAGAUAGUAGUGAAAGUGGAAAAGAACACAAAAGCACGAUGAAAGCUGAAACAGCAUUAAUCCUUAAUAAAGCUGACCGUAAACUUAAUCAGGGCUAUUAGCCGCACUUCGUGAUCAUAGAAGGAAGCAAAGGUAAUCUUGUAUCAUAUGUACAUAACUCUGUAUAUAUGCUGUAUGAUGGAGGCUUGUGAGAGAUGUUUUGUUUCUUUUCCUUUUAUUAGUGAUAUGCGGAAACUUUGGUUUUACAAAGUAAUAAACAAUAUCGUUGAGGCAGAAUCAUGCACACUUGCUUUAGAAACUUGUUAAAUAGUGAUCUGUGGCUAGUUACAGAUUCGUCCUUGUACCUGUAAAUAAUGUAUUUAAUUUUUGCAGUUAAUACUGUGUUGAAGAGUACAAGGUGCCUUUUUAUAU